AUGACGCGCCGGCGAAUCAGCCCCGGCCGGUUCUCUCCGCCGCAAUGCUUCCCGGACCCGGCUUACAGCUCGGAGCCCGAAGCGGCGGGAGGCGAGGGCUGCCUUGGGCGCCUCCAGCUGGCGCAAAUGUACCGCGACGAAGGCGGAAUGCUGUUGCCGCGCAAAGGCAAGUACAGGGGCGCUUCGCUCCCGCACGCUAAGGCUCCAGCCAUCGCCACCGCCGCUUCGGCCCGCCUGCGCCGCCCCACCUUGCCGCAGCAGCACCAUUACCUCGCUCCGGCCGGCGAGGGCUGCGCUACUCCUUGCACCACUUCUUGUACCACCCUCUACGGCGGAGAUUUCCAGCCCCACCACGAGCUGCCCGGCCGCUCCCCGCCAGGCCGGUGCACCCGGGUGGAGGAGCUGCUCCGGGACGACCAAUGGGCCAGUCCUGUGACUAGAGCUCUGGAAUAUGGGACCGACUUUCCCACCGACGUCAGCAAGCCACCGUCAGUCUGCCCGUCUUCUUUUUCCUUCACUCAGAUGGACAACAAAGCUUCUCCCAAGCUUGAGAAGAAGGAACCCAAAAGAAGGGAUUGGCAGGAGCCCUGCGACAGCAGCCCCAGCUUGGUAGACCUGAUGCAUUCCUUGAGACAGUAUGAGGAGGAAGACCCAAUGGCUUAUUUGCCCCCUAACAACAAUUCACACCAUCACCGUCACCACAGUCACCACAAGAGCAAGAAGGGAGACCCUCAGAUCAGCCUCCAGGAUCUGACCGAGAAGAGAUACGAGGAGAUGAUUCCAGAAAGGGACAAAAAGCUUGCUGCUCUGAUGUUAGCUAGGCAUCAGGAGGAAGAAGAGAUGAAGGACAGGCAGCUCCAGGUCUCUGAGGCCUGGGAAAAGAUGAGGCGGAAGGAGAAGAAGCACAAAGCGAAGUUGGAAAAGGAGAGGCAAUACCAGCUGGCAGACAAUAUGGACCAAUGGCAGAGGGACCGGGAUCAAAGAAAAGCCAAGGUUAAGUUAGACGAAGAGCAGUUAAUGGCCGCUAGGGAGAGGGAUAUGUUGUUGCGUGACAAGAAGUGGAAGAAGCUAGCUAAAGAGCAGGAGUGUAGACGUAGAGAGAAAUUUGAAAAUGCCAGGCUUCAGGCUGAGUAUAGGAAACGUUGCCAGGAAAAGCAACUCUGGGAUAAACGGAUGAUGGACCGAAAUGUCAAAGAUCAGAACUCUCAUGCAUGCAAAGAGAAGAUGCUGCAGGCCCUGGAGAAGAGGCUUAUAAAGGAAAUGGAAAGGAAGAAGAGAAAAGUAGACGUGAAUGACUAUAAGAAACUCAAGCCCAUGCAAAUGAAAGACCCAGUCGAGGACAAGCUGAAAGCUGACGAGCUGUACAAGAGGCUUUGCAUUGAACAAAAGCUUCAGAGGUCUCAGGAAAUCCUUGAGCAGCUGCUUGAAGAAAGGAAUAGAGAACUGAAAGAAAAGUCAUACAAGGAUGAAGAGCAAGGCCUAGUGGCGAAGUCUAGAGCUAAAGAGACGGAGGAGGAAAAGAGAAGGCGCAAGGAGAUGUUGUUGCAAAUAGCUGAGAUGAAGAUACAGCAGGCCAGGGAAAUCAUGACCAAAAAUAUGCAAGACAGAGCACAACAUAUAAAAGAAAUUAAUAGCGCCAAGGAAAGGAAUCACCAUUGCCGUAAACAGAAGCUCGAGUAUGAUGAAAAAUGCCACCUGCGGGAAUUGCAAGAGGCUUUAAGAAGAAAAGAUCUGAAAAGCAAUCAGCUUCUAAGGUACAAGGACGCGGCUGUUGAAGACUCUAGGAGAAUAGCCAGAGCCUCCUAUGGCCUUAGAGACAAAAUGAGAGAUCUGAUAAACCACAAUACAUUUGAUCCAAUGGCUUUAGAUGCCCACCGUAAUGCAAAUUGCCCCAGAGGCCUGUAG